AUGGCUGCACUCAGUUCAGAGGAACAUAGAUUGCUAAAUGCAUACCUGCCGGGAGACAUCGUUAUUGGAGGCCUUUUUCCAAUUCACCUACAAACUAACAGAACCACAAUACCUGGACCUGUCUCCUGCACCCACUACAGCUACCAAAUGUUUCUACAAUCUCAAGUGAUGAUAUAUGCGAUUAGAGAAGUCAACCAACGCACACCGAAGCCUCUCCCUAACAUCACAUUGGGCUACAGCAUCUACGACACAUGUGGCGACGUUACCUUAGCCAUCAAGGCCGCUCUCUGGCUCAUGAGCAACUCGUUAGACCCGCAAAGAUGUUUACUUCAACCAAAUAAUACCCAGCUUGUGCAGCGUAAAGUGAUGGCAGUGAUUGGUGAGAGAUUCUCUGAGGUCUCAAUCGCAGUCUCGCGGGUUGUUGCUCUGUCAUCACUUGCCCAGAUUAGCUAUGCAUCAACCAGCGGGCUGCUCAGUAGGAAGUUAAAGUUCCCCACAUUUCUGCGAACAAUACCAAGUGACGAACACCAGACAAAGGCCAUUGCUGAGCUGGUGAAGAAGUUCAACUGGAAAACAGUGGGCAUCAUAGGAAGUGACGAUGAGUAUGGGAAGGACGGCAGUGACCGCCUUUCACAAAAUUUCAGAAUGAUGAAGGACGUCUGCAUAGAAUUCAUUGACAUCCUGCCCGGUUACUUCUCCCAAAACAACUCCAAAACUCACAAGAGGCUUGUGGGCGUCGUGAGCAACGUCAAUAAAUCCACUGCUGAGGCCAUCAUAAUGUUCACCAAGGGCUCCAAUGUUGAUAUCAUAUUGGAGGCUGCGAUUAAAUACAAACUGAACAAAACUUGGAUUGCAAGUGAUUCCUGGUCCACAUCAACAACACUAGCUACUUUGCCUGGUAUUGAGAUGGCUGGUCAGGUGUUUGGAUUCAACUCCAAGAGGAACGCAGUGCCCGGAUUUAAAGAUUAUGUUCUGUCCAUGUUCAACGGAACAAGAAACUCCAUCCUCAACCAUCACCUAACUCAUUAUCCAUUUUGUUCCAAUUGGUCAGGAGAAGACACGGGUGACGAUUGCAUAUUAACAAAUAGCAUACAGGUGACUGGCCAAUGCGUGGACUUAAAAUGUCUGGCCAAUCAUAUGGAUGAGAAUGAAACGUAUAACAUCUACUUAGCUGUACAAGUCAUCGUCGAGGGAAUCAGACGCUUGCUGGAAUGUGACCAUCAAAAGUGUGAACGCCGUGCUGACUUCACAGCCCUGGAGCUUCUCACAGAAAUAAAGAAGGUCAACCUCACGCUGGGCCAGACACAUUUUUAUUUUGAUAGCUACGGCGACCCCUGUUUAGGAUAUGACGUUUUAUAUUGGGACACGGCGGCAAAGACGCAACACGAACACAUCAAAAUCAUUGGAGAAUACUGGCCAAAUGGCACUAUAGCAGUCCCUCGUGACAUGGUGCUAAAAAUGCAGAGCGUGAAGUUGACGGCUUACAAUUGCUCAAAGACAUGCAAACCUGGACAAGAGUUAAAAAAGCAGAAUGUACACUUGCAUUGCUGCAAUGAUUGUGUUCCAUGUGCUGAAGGAGAAUAUUCUAGGGGACAAGGUGCACCGUGUAAACGCUGCAGAGACAAUGAGUAUUCGUCUCCACAUAUGAAUGAAUGUUUGGAGAAAAAAAUGGACUUCCUGGGCUGGUCCGAUCCCUUCAUCAUCAUGUUGAGUUUUUUGGAGGCCUUAGGAAUUGUUCUAACAAUUGUGUUUGCAGCCUUGUUUACGAUCCAUCGUGGCACUCCCAUUGUGAAGGCCGUGGGAGGCUACUUGUGCUUUUUGGAGCUCUUUUCUUUGCUGAUAUGCUUCUGCCUCACAUUUACCUUCCCGGGGAAGCCAAGCGCUGCCUCCUGCUUGAUCGGCAUGCCGCUCUUUGGAAUUGCCUUUUCUCUCUGCCUGUCCUGUAUUCUAGCAAACCUGCUGCAAAUUUUAGUGGGUUUUAUGUUCGACGUGAAGACAAAGUCAUGGCUAAGCAAGGUCAACAAGCCGGUGGCUGUCGUGGCUGUGGUAUCUGGGAUCCAGCUGGCUGUGUGUGUGCCAUGGCUCUGCCUUUACCCUCCAUCAGCAACAUGGAAGAGUUUACAGAAGACCAUCCUGCUGCACUGUCAUAAAGGCGCCAAUGAAUUCUUCAUUGCCAUGCUGGCCUACAAUGCACUCUUAGCCCUCAUUUGUUUCCUAUUUGCAUACAAAGGGAAGCAGUUGCCAGAUUUGUAUAAAAAUGCAAGCUUAAUCACUGUUAGUAUGCUGCUUUAUCUGAUCGUUUGGAUCCUUUUCAUUCCCAUCUACAUCAAUUUGUUUGGGGCAUACAAACAAGCUAUUGAGAGCGCUGCCAUCCUCAUUUCAGGCUACAGCAUCCUUUGCUGUCACUUGGCACCCAAGUGUUACAUUAUGGUGUUCAAGAAGGAAAUUAAUGAUGAGAAAGCCAUUGUUGAGUAUAUUAGAAAACAUUAUGAGGGGAAAGGGAUCCCUGUGGUUAGUUAAUCCUUAUUUCACUUGUCUAAAUAUGCUGUAUUUGUAUUCUCAUAUACUGUAAGUAAAAGCAUUUCUCUUUGCAUUUAGCCAUGCUUCCAUUUUUUGUCCCACUUAUCCUAACUAGGGACGCGGGGCUGCUGGAGCAUAUCCUAGCCAUCUUGGGCUGGGAGGCAGGGUACACACUAAACUGGUCGCCAGCCAAUUAAUUAAUUACAAGGCCUCAUCCCUUGAUAUCAACAAAGAAGCUUUUGCUCUUUAUUUGAAGAUAAAAUAAACAGUUGCGAUCUAGGUUUAAAAUCCAUCUGCAUUAUCAGUGGUGUGUGUGAAUUUCUAUUUCAAUUAAGCUUAUCUGGGAGUGUACAAACACAGUGUUAGUUUACAUUUAAUCAUGAUUACCCUUAAAUGUGGGAUGUAAAUGUAAAAAAAAAUAUAUAUACAAAAAGUACAACAGGGUGUAU